GACGCACAGACAUGGCGCUUGUUUCUGUUGUUGCUAAAUAUUAGUUGCAAAUACGUUUACACUAAGUUCUGGCACUUUCAAUAAAUUUCAGUGCUAUUGUAUCGGUGGGAGCCGUGCUGGCUCUCCUAUGUAUUCACUAUGAGCGGGGGUUUGGCACCAAGCAAAAGCACCGUAUACGUGUCGAACCUGCCGUUCUCUCUGACCAACAACGACCUGCAUAAGCUCUUCACCAAAUAUGGAAAAGUCGUAAAGGUUACAAUUGUAAAGGAUAAAGACACUCGCCAGAGUAAAGGGGUGGCGUUCGUUCUCUUCCUGGACAGAGAGUCAGCUCAUAACUGUGCAAGAGCAAUAAACAACAAACAGUUGUUUGGCAGGACAGUGAAAGCCAGCAUCGCCAUAGACAACGGACGAGCAGCCGAGUUCAUAAGGAGGCGGAAUUACACAGACAAGUCUAAAUGCUACGAAUGCGGGGAUACCGGACACCUGAGCUACGCAUGCCCCAAAAACAUGCUGGGAGAGAGGGAACCUCCGAAGAAGAAAGAAAAGAAAAAGAAGAAAAAGGGUCAACAACCUGAGCACGUUGAGGAGGAGGAGGAAGAAAGUGAGGAAGAAGGAGAAGAUCCAGCCUUAGACAGUCUGAGCCAAGCCAUAGCUUUUCAGCAAGCCCGUAUCGAGGAAGAGGAGCAUAAAAAGAAGAGGCAGGCGGCUUUAUCUCAAGAGGACAACGCUCACGCCUCAACGUCGGCAGACUCCAGGAAACCGAGGAUCAAAAAGAGCGCAUACUUCAGUGAUGAAGAGGAGCUCAGUGACUAAAAUUGCACACGGACUUCAGAGAUGAAAUUAUUUCAGUUAUAUGUAUGAGGUUCUUAAGUGGGGGUUUUUAUGCUUCUACAAAUCAGUAUGGUGAUUGUGGACAACAGUGUGUGGAGUUUUCAUGUUCCACACUCCAGAGAGCUGGCCAGACCAAAACAGAGUCAUCCAUCGGAGCUUCAGAAUUGACCACAAACGUGCGAGGUUAUCCGAUUUCUUAUCUUUCCCCACCUUCCACCCAGUAGCAGCUGCAAUAGGCCCUGAACCCUCCGCAACCCUGCAUGGAUGCAGCAGGUACAGCUAAUGGAUGGAUAAUAGAUUGAAUGUGUGUGUGUUGUGUUUCUUUUUUUAUGUCAGUCAAUAAAAUAUUUCCUAAUAACAAA